CGUUAUCAAAGCUGAAGGUGAUCCAGCAAAAUAUUAGCAUGUGCAACUUUUUUUUUGGCCAGGCAGUGUAUAAGAUGGUUAUUUAAGGGUUGAGAAUGUAUGUGACAUAACCAGAAAUUAUAUGAGAAGUUCUCUUUCCUGCUCAUGUCAUCCACUUGCUUUUUACACUAGGUGCAAGUGUGUGGCUCUCAGAUGUCCGGGUCUCUGCCCUUCCCUUCACCCUCUCCCUUUCCCUCAUGCGACUACAGAGAAUGGUCUGCAACCUGGGUGCUGAUUCCAAGCGUGUACCUCCUGGUGUUUGUCGUGGGCUCCCUGGGUAACGGCUUGGUGCUAUGGGUGUACCUGGACCGCCGAGCGAGAGGCCGUGGGAGGAUUGUAAGCGGUUCCAAAUCUUCCCAGACCCCCGAUCCAUCUCCUUGCCCCUCCCCUACAUCUUCUCGUACAGUAACAGAGUCUUUAAUAGCCAGUCUAGCAUUGGCUGACCUGGCCUUUGUCAUGACCCUGCCGUUGUGGGCGGCAUACACAGCGCUGGGCUACCACUGGCCCUUUGGCCAAGUUCUGUGUCAGGUGAGCAGUUACAUUGUGGCACUGAACAUGUAUGCGAGCGUGUUUUCUCUGACUGGGCUCAGCGUGGAGCGUUACUGCGUCAUCACACGAAAGCGUGGCAACGGCUCAAAGCAGGGACGGUCAACCACACGCGCCAAGUGGAUUGUGGGUAGUGUUUGGCUGGCAGCUGGAAUCCUGGCACUUCCUGCUCUGCUUCUGCGGACUGUUAGGGAGGUGGAUUUGGAAGAGGGAGAUGAUGGCGAUGGGCAGGAUGGACAUGCGUCCUCCUGUUUGUGUGACAUGGACUACUCCAGUUUGAUCUCAAGUGAGCUGAACCCAGCAGCUUCUGAGCAGGCAGAGCUGAUGUGGUCAGCAGCUUUAGGAUUAAAAUCAACUCUGCUUGGCUUCCUGUUACCUCUUGUAGUGCUCCUGCUCUGCUAUGGCUGGCUGGGGCGCCUUCUUUCCCAACACUUCAGCCUAGGCCCGCGCCCUGAUCAUACACGCCAACGCAGGCUCCUCCGUAUCAUUAUCACCCUUGUGCUAGCCUUCUUCCUCUGCUGGCUACCCUUCCACACCAACAAGACACUCUCCGCUAUGGUGGAAUUGGGCAUCCUUCCUUUUUCUUGCAGUUUUGACCAGUGGUUGGUGGCAGCCCAUCCAUAUUCCAUCUGUUUGGGCUACGGGAACAGCUGUUUAAACCCUCUGCUGUACGCUUGCUGUGAUCCAGCUUUCCGGAAGCACUGCAGUGGUCUGCUUGUGUGCGUAUGGGUUAAAUACAGAGAUCAGAAGGGAGGAGAGGAGAAUGAACACCACAAAAGUUCACCAAUACCAUCUGGAACACAUGAAGUGACAGUUAGUAAAGAAGAGCAAUAAAGAGAGAAUCAUUUGGCAAACAGCCUCAGUGAGAGAGCUGAACUGUUUCUGUGGAAAAUUCUUAAAGAGGACUCAGAUUAUUCUUUCCAUUCAUCUGCGAGAUUUAGCAUGAACUUCACCCCCUCAAGAAAACAAGAUGCCAGUGUGGGAACUGAUAAACAGACAGGAUCCAGUGAAGGAUUUCCCAUGACAUU